AGCAGCUCUAUGAGAUCGAUCAUAAAGAACAUAAAAACAGAUAUGAAAUUCAAUAUCUCCAGGUUUAAUGGCGAUGCUUGUCUCGGCGGUUCAAAAGCUUCUAUUUGCGAAUUUUUUCGGCUCUUAAGUUACGACUAGGGUUUCGAACAGGUGCAAUUUCCUUCUCCAACUCAAUCUACCGGAUAAUUGGAAAGAAUUACUCUUCUUGGACUGUGAUCAUCGUCGCUUCGGCAAUGUUUACUGUACCCUGCAAAAAUCUGGUCCCAGUAUGUAGGGUUUUGGGAGAUUCAGCGACCCAUUUCGAUGUUCUUCCAUUCCGUAGUUUGCUUGUUUGCAGAUCUUUAACAUUAUCCUCGGUAGCUGUAGAAGAUGCUCAAAAACACUCAUUCACGUUGUCUUACCUUGUAAACUCAUGUGGAUUGUCCCCAGAAGAUGCGGUCUCUGCAUCCCAGAAAGUGUGCAUUCGGAACCCAGAUAGGGCAAACUCAAUUCUCACUCUCUUCAGAAACCAUGGGUUCACUCAAACCCAAAUCUCUAAAGUCGUCAGGGGCCGCCCAUCGAUACUGGCAAUUGAUCCUGAGGGUACCCUAUUACCUAAACUUCAAUUUUUUCUUUCUAUAGGGGUUUCAGGAACUGAUCUAGCAAAGAUUAUAUCUAGAGGUGUCUGUAUCCUUUCUCUCAGCUUGGAGAACCAACUUAUCCCCUACUAUAAUUUCCUCAAGAGUGAAUUUCUACUCACUGAUGAACAAGUUGUUCGAGUUUUGAAGCGAGCAAAAAGGAGUUUUCGUUCUGACUUUCGAAAAUGCAUUGCUCUCAAUAUCUCAGUUUUGAGAGAAUUGGGAGUACCUCAAUCUUUUGUUUUGCAGUUGGUGAUUCGUGCUCCCAGUGUGCUGUUCUUUAGUCCCAACAAGUUCAAUAAACUGGCCAAGGAGGUUAUUGAUAGGGGAUUCAAUGCUAAUCCAUCGAUUUUCAUCCGUGGAAUGGCCAUGUUUUUCAUGAUGAGUGAAUCGACCCGGGAACGCAAAUUUGAGGUUUAUAGAAGGUGGGGUUGGUCUGAACAUGAAAUCCAAUCUACUGCCAAAAGGUACCCAGCAUGUGUGAAUGUUUCUGAGAAGAAAAUCAUGUCUGUGAUGGAUUUCCUUGUGAAUAAGAUGGGUUGGCCAUCUUCUGCUGUUGCAAAAUAUCCUUUGCUUUUGUGUUAUAGUUUGGAGAAUAGGAUUGUCCCAAGGUGUUCAGUCGUCACAAUUCUGCAGUUGAAGGGCUUUAAAAAGAAAGGUUUGUCCUUUGCCUCAUUUUUGACCCACACUGCAAAUGACUUUUGGGAUGAGUUUGUGAGCAAGUAUCGGAAUGAUGUUCCAGAGCUGUUGAAUGUUUAUCAUGGGAAAAUUGAUCUUCAUGAGCUAGGAUAUGGUUCUAAGGACAUAUGCCGAAUAAGGCAGUUGUAGCUUUUCAAACUUUUCAAAAGCUGAAAAUUAAUCCUUAAUUAUCA